GCCUGCCUCCCCAUUGUUUGGGCUUCGGAGGUGACCAUGCUCAUGUGAUCUGAGGGAGGAAUGCCACAACUCUAGGUGUGUGAAAGUGCUGGUGGAGUGGAAGGAAUAACCUUUUCAGUAGCGCUCACCUCAGGCGCAUGCUGAGAGAGGCCCGGCUGUGAGAUGACUCCCUUGGAGAGAGCUGGGAAUGUGAGGGUUUCACAAAGGCUGAAGAGAAAAAUGGAGCCUGAUAAACACACACGGUAAACUCUCUCCCCUAGUGGUUCAGUCAUGAUGGAUGAGGAUGAUGGACUGAGUGAGAGAGGUCUCAGCAACUCCAGGAAGAGAUAUGAUGAUGAUGAAGAAGACUACCAUUCCAUUUACAUCGGGGUGCCAAUGCCACGGGGCUACAGGAGGAAAAGGCGCAGACGGAGAUCCACCUCCAGCCGGGAUAAAACCAGCGAAAAUGAAAGGCUCUAUGAGCGCCAGGACCGAUCAGAUACCGAUGAAGGAGGGCAAGCAAGCUACGACAAUGGGAACGACAACGCCAGCAGGACGAUGUCUCCAGCUGCUGAACGCCUUCGUUACAUCCUGGGUGAAGACGAUGACCCUCCAAACCCCACCCUGUUCACUGAGAUGGACACACUGCAGCACGAUGGGGAAGAAAUGGAGUGGAAAGAAUCUGCCAGGUGGAUAAAAUUCGAAGAAAAGGUGGAAGAAGGAGGGGAGAGAUGGAGCAAACCUCAUGUGUCAACGUUAUCUUUGCACAGCCUGUUUGAACUGCGCACAUGUCUACAGACAGGGACGGUGCUCCUAGACUUAGACGGCUACUCCUUACCACAGAUCAUCGAUGAUGUUAUUGAAAAGCAGAUAGAGGAUGGUCUGCUCAAGCCAGAGCUGCGAGAGAAAAUAAGUUAUGUGCUACUGAGGAAACACCGCCACCAGACCAAGAAGCCGAUCCACCGAUCCUUGGCAGACAUUGGCAAAUCGGUCUCGUCCAACACAAAUCGCAGUCCUGUCCGGAGCCCAGCAGCAGGGGCCAGCUUCCACCGCUCCACCGAAGAUCUUAGAAUGAGACAGAACGCAAAUUAUGGACGUUUACGCCAUGCGCAAAGCAGAAGCAUGAAUGACAUUACAGAUACUCCAAGCACAGAUCAGCUAAAAAAUAAAUUCAUAAAGAAGAUCCCCAAAGACGCAGAAGCCUCCAAUGUCCUGGUGGGAGAGGUGGACUUCCUGGAGAAGCCAUUCGUGGCAUUCGUGAGGCUCAUACAGUCCACCAUGCUGGGCGGGGUGACGGAAGUUCCCGUCCCCACUAGGUUCCUUUUUAUUCUCCUGGGUCCUUCAGGAAAGGCAAAAUCCUACAAUGAAAUCGGCCGAGCUAUCGCCACCCUUAUGGUAGAUGACCUUUUCAGUGAUGUGGCCUACAAGGCCAGAGACCGAGAUGACCUGAUUGCAGGAAUAGAUGAGUUUCUGGAUGAAGUCAUUGUCCUCCCGCCAGGGGAGUGGGAUCCAAACAUUAGAAUAGAGCCACCCAAAAAAGUACCUUCCGCUGAGAAGAGGAAAUCAGUGUUCUCGCUGAACGAAGCAGGGCAGAUGAAUGGCACCGCGGGAGGAGCAGCAGGAGGGGGCGGCGGAGGUGGAGGGGGCGGCAGUGGCAGUGACGACGGAGAAAUGCCAGCUGUGCAUGAAGUUGGGGAAGAGCUUGUCUGGACAGGCAGGUUUUGCGGCGGCCUGUAUUUGGAUAUCAAGAGGAAGCUGCCUUGGUUCCCCAGUGAUUUCUACGAAGGCUUUCAUAUCCAGUCUAUCUCCGCCAUCCUCUUCAUUUACCUGGGCUGCAUCACAAAUGCCAUAACAUUUGGGGGGCUGCUUGGUGAUGCUACAGACAACUACCAGGGGGUCAUGGAGAGUUUCCUCGGCACGGCGAUGGCGGGCUCCGUGUUCUGCUUCUUUGCCGGGCAGCCACUCAUUAUCCUGAGCAGCACAGGGCCCAUCCUCAUCUUCGAAAAGCUACUCUUCGACUUCAGCAAAGGCAACAGCAUAGACUACAUGGAGUUCCGUCUGUGGAUAGGCUUACAUUCUGCCCUACAGUGCCUUAUCCUGGUGGCUACAGACGCCAGCUUCAUUAUAAAGUACAUCACACGCUUCACUGAGGAGGGGUUCUCCACCCUCAUCAGCUUUAUAUUCAUCUAUGAUGCUAUCAAGAAGAUGAUCGGCGCCUUUAAAUAUUACCCUAUCAAUGCAGACUUCAAAACAGACUAUGUGACCAUGUACAAAUGCGAGUGCAUUGCUCCUGACCCAGUGAAUACAACAUUGUUCAAUGCUUCAGCUCCGCUGGCACCAAACAACACUAACAUUUCUGUGUACAAUGCUAUUAAUGUAACAGCUCUGGACUGGACCCAGCUGAGUAAGAAGGAAUGUCUAAAGUAUGGCGGAAGCCUAGUAGGGAAAUCCUGUAAAUUUGUUCCUGACUUAGCCCUCAUGUCCUUCAUCCUCUUCUUUGGGACCUAUUCCAUGACUGUAACACUGAAGAAAUUCAAGUUCAGUCGCUACUUUCCUACAAAGGUCAGGGCCUUCAUUGCUGAUUUUUCCAUUGUCUUCUCCAUCCUGCUGUUCUGUGGAAUAGAUGCCUGGUUUGGCCUGGACACUCCAAAGCUGCAUGUUCCCAGUAUAAUUAAGCUACGUAAACUUAUUAGUGACUUCUCUAUCUUCAUGUCCAUACUAAUGUUUGUUGGUCUCGAUGUAUUGUUUGGACUGAAUACUCCUAAACUGCAAGUGCCUACUGAUUUUAAGCCCACUCGCUUAGAUCGAGGAUGGUUUGUGUUCCCGUUCGGUAAGAAUCCAUGGUGGAUCUACUUGGCCAGCGCCCUUCCAGCUCUGCUGGUUACCAUCUUGAUCUUCAUGGACCAGCAAAUCACAGCUGUCAUAGUCAAUAGGAAGGAGCACAAACUGAGGAAAGCGGCAGGCUAUCACCUGGACUUGUUCUGGGUGGGGGUCCUGAUGGCCGUGUGCUCAUUCAUGGGGCUGCCUUGGUACGUAGCUGCCACGGUCAUUUCCAUAGCCCACAUCGACAGCUUAAAGAUGGAGACGGAGACCAGCGCGCCAGGGGAGCAGCCACAGUUCCUGGGAGUGAGGGAGCAGAGAGUCACCGGAAUCAUUGUCUUUGUCCUGACUGGGAUAUCUGUCUUCCUGGCUCCAAUUCUGAAGUAUAUUCCGAUGCCGGUGCUGUAUGGUGUCUUUCUCUACAUGGGAGUUGCCUCUCUGAAUGGCAUUCAGUUCUGGGACCGCUGCAAGCUCUUCCUGAUGCCAGCCAAGCACCAGCCUGACUACGCCUUCCUUCGCCACGUGCCCCUGCGGCGGAUCCACCUCUUCACCCUGGUGCAGAUCAUCUGCCUAGCCAUCCUCUGGAUCCUGAAGUCCACUGUGGCAGCUAUCAUCUUCCCUGUGAUGAUUUUAGCCUUAAUCUUAGUGAGGAAAAUGCUGGAUUUCGUCUUUUCCCAACACGACCUGGCCUGGAUUGAUAACAUCAUCCCCGAGAGGGAGAAGAAGAAGGAAGACGACAAGAAGAAGAAGAAGAAAGGCAACAAAGGGGAAGAGGAGAGUGAGGAUGAGCCUCGGUUCCCAACUCCCUCAGUUAUAAAGAUCCCAAUGGAACCCGUCCAAUCAGACCCCCAAAACGGUAUCCAUUGCAUUACCAGAAAGAGGUCCUCCAGCUGGAGCUUUGCGUUCUGAUUCUUCUCCUAACAGUUCAGACUUGGAUCGCAGUAUUACACUUCACCUGAAGAUUUCCUGCCCAUCAUCUCCUGCGUUUAACUACUCCCGAAACCCUCUCUGCGCUGUGCCCCAGGUGAAGAUAGAAAUGGAGUCGGACUAUGAAGAUAGUGACACAGAAAAGCACCCUCGGGACAUGGGCAGUGAGACCACGCUGUAGUCCCACACUGCCCUUCCUUUGUGACGAUAUAUAAAUAAGAAAAUUGGGCAUAUUUUUCUAUGUGACAGACUAAGGAGAUCAUAGGUCCCCAGGACCCAUUUCUCCAUUAGCUUUUAGCAGAAUAAAUUAGAACUGCUGUGGAAUUCCACCCCGUUCAGUUGGGCCAAGAAACCACCGCCAGCUUCAGAGCAAUGCCAGGAAUGUGGAAAUGGUACUUUGACUCUGGUCCCUGCAGUAAUAGGGGACAUUAGACCCUGGGCGGUUGCUGCCAUUUCAGUGAAGACUCUGAAGAUAGCAGGGCCACCUUCCUUCAGCAUCUGGACCCUGACAUCACCAGCGUUGGAGAGUCACGCCCUUUCCAGUGCAAGCUUCAACUCCUUGUAGUUCUCUUGUAGUCUGUGUCCCUCUUAGCGUUAGUUGGCCCAGGGGGCAUUCGCAGAUAAGAUGAGCACCACCCUACCCAAUGUUUGAGCUGACACAUUCCAUGGGGGCGGGGGGAUUUCAGGACUGUAAACUGUAGUUUAUUGCAUGUUUUACACACCAUAUGCAGCAAACAAUGCACACCCCAGAAAAGUAUACAAAACAGGGCUAAGAAAAAUUCCCUUUUUGGGAAGUUAGGGAAUGUUUAGAAUCAAAGUGGAAAAUGUCCCUGGCUGCUGCUUAAAAAUACAGCCAUAGCCCUUUAAAACUGCUUCUGUCCUGCAGGAAGGGAGGGUGUUUUCUAUAGGAACUCUGUUACCCAGUGGCAUUCACUCUCUGGGGCUAGGAGCAAUUUUAAAAGGGUUAGACUUGUAAAAAGCUAAACUCAGUCACUUCCCACCCUCCCAUACUAACCCCUCUCUCUGCUGAAGUUAUAAUGAUACUGUUCUAAGCAGACUUAGUCCAUGUAACUCCUAUUGUUAAUGGAGAAACUUGUAAGAAAGAGGUUGACACACACACACAAGCCAGCCGUUUUCCAGGCCAGUCAGGCUGAAAUAGAAAAUCCUGCAGGUAACCAUUACAGGGGGCGAUGGCAAUGACUGUCUAGCUUUUACUUUGCAGCAUGUUCUACUCCAGCAACAGUCUUCCUCGAAAGGACUGUCCAUUUUUGCUCAACCCAGCCACAUACAAAUAACUGUCUGGAAGGUAAGAAGCACUUAUGGGCUGUGAAAUGUUUGGUUAAUCCCAGGGUUAGAGAUGGAAGAGCCCUAACUGAUCGAAUCCAUUCCCUUCCAGCACACAGGCGUUAUCUAAACAGGAGUGGAGAAAUCCACAGCCUGCGGUAUUUUUAUGAUACAUGCCAGAGCCAGCUAGACAAUAGAACUUCCUGCUCUGACAGCACAGGCCCCUGCCACUAGAGCAAAAGAGGGAUUCUGUUAGAACAACUCCUGUGACAAUUGAGCAGUUAUGAUUCCAUACACCAGCCCGUCAGUAGCAACAGCAGUCCUGCUGGAAAGUGACUUACAUACCCUUGUCAGUUAACAUUAAUUCCUCAUUAAAAAAUUGUUAGAAUGAAUGUUUGAUAGGUGUUAGAUUGGAUUGCUGGCCUUUCCCUUCCACUAGGUUACAGCUCAGUUAACUGUGGGGAUGAAACCCAAGGACUUGUGUUGGAAUUAGAAGAUUCCAUAGCUUGGGUGAAAGGAAAACUUUGCCUCCAUGUAAGUGAAAAGUAGGGUGGUGCCCAUAGACAAAUUAUGUCUAAAGGGGGCAGUGAUAAAACUGGCACAACUAGACAUGUAUGUAUAACAGUUGGGUUGAUAUACUUCCCAGUUUAUUCAGGGGAGGAAGGCUACUGGGCUCAGAAAAGUUUUCUGCAGCUAUAGAUUUUAGUGCAAGUCCACACCAAUCUCAUUCUUGGUUAAGUCAGAUGACUUGAAACAUGUUUCGUUGUUUUUUUUAAUUCAAAUCAUAAGGUGCAGCCUUUGGCAGUAGUCCCUUGAGUGCUGGUUACAGAUAAAAAAUUUUUUUCAAGGGAAGCCAUUUCUUAAGAGCCAGUUCUACUUUUGAUUUUCAGCCUCCCCCAUCCCCCGCUUUCAAAAACAUUAGGAGGCAGGAAAUUCAGUUCAGUUAUGUAAAUUCAAAAUAACCUCAGUCUGUAUUUGCACCAGAGUUUAGUACACAGCACUUUAGCUUGUAUUUUUAUACAAACACCUCAACCCUUCAAGUAGGGCAUCUUCCUCACCAUCACUUUUGCCAGCCCUUGUUUCCUCUACAAUUGCCCCUCCUGUAAACAUGGCUCUUGCACAUAACUGCCACAUGGUGUGAGCCUGAUGUGAACUGACUUUCAAAUGUCUAUUUCAGAUGUGAGUGGGUUUGCUCUCAAAGGCCUGGUACUAGUUAAUCCUUUCAAACUGGCAGCUGGAUGCACUGUUGCAAUGGUUAACGUGUUACUGUACCUACUCACACAUUGUUGCACUUCUCAGAAAGGAAAGCAACAUAAAGAACCUGUCUUGAGGGUUUUGUUAACUAAAACUUGAUUCUUUAUUUUUUAGAAAAAAAUGCAAUUGUAAAUUAAGUUCAGAAAGAAAUGGAAAAAAAAAGUCAGCCAUUUAAGAUUGCUGCAAAGAGCAAGCCCUCAGUGCUUUGUUAUAAAUUCCACCUGUGUGCAUCUUUAAGAGCAGCCUUCAAGGUUUUUUAAGGAUAGACGAGUCCUGUGGCUGACAAAGUCCACUCUACAGGGGGUUCUGGAAUGCUGGUUAAAUAUUGCAAGUGGUUUGAACCUUAGAAAGAAACAGAUGCUGGUUCUUUGUAAAUAUUUAAGAGAAGUCAAAAGAAAACUUGAAUUCAGUUUCCUAUUUAUAGUAUUUUCUAGCUUGAGUACCCAACAAGACUGUUUUUGAAUGUGAGAUUAUUAAAACAGUAUUACUCCAGUUGACAGUUAAGUGACAGACAAUUUUUACAUGUUAAGGUAAAAGCUAUUUGAACUUGAAGGUGGUUCUGUAUAUUUUCUAGUUUAUUUUGUAUCAGUCUUGUCUGUGGUAGCUAAAGCAUGAUAGGCUUACAAUCUUAAUUACUUUUUAAAAGGUUGAUCUACUUUAUGUCCGUUCAAUGUACAAAGCAAAUUGAAAAGGCUUUGUUAACUCAGCUAAGUGGUCAUGUAGCACACAAAUAUGCUUGACUUUUAAAUCAAGGAAGCUCUGAAGUACAGUAUCAGUUUUAAUUAAAUCCAUGCCGUGUUCAAUGUCACAGGCUGUUUACAAUUUUUUGUAUAUGCAAAGUGAUUGGAAGAGUACCAGACUUGCAGCCUACUUGCUACUACAUACAGUAGCUAUUUUACAUUUCAUUAACAAUCCAAUAAAUCUCAUUAAAUUCUCUUCA